AGAAACUCCUUUAAAACAGAGUGAAAAGAAACCGCCCAUCACACACCCCAGCACACCAGCGCUGGAAACUUAUAACCCCGGGAAGCAGGUCCCUCCCCUCACUGCGGUCACAUACCUCCAGAAGAGCGGACAGGGCAGCCACCAGCUCCUGCUACUCAGGGCACUUCAUUCCCCGGAAUCCUCAGAACUCUCGUUGCUCUUCGAGGCAUCAAGAAGCCAAGAUGUUGGUAUUACUGGCUGGUAUCUUUGUGGUCCACAUCGCCACUUGCAUCAUGUUAUUUGUCAGCACCAUUGCCAACGUCUGGGUGGUUUCCGAUGAUAGACAAGGAUCAGUCGGUCUUUGGAAAAACUGUACCGUUGGUGGCUGUGAUUACGUGCUGUCAUAUGCCAGCGAAGAUGCCCUCAAGGCGGUGCAGGCCUUCAUGAUCCUCUCCAUCAUCUUCUCCGUCAUCUCCCUCGUGGUCUUUGUGUUCCAGCUCUUCACCAUGGAGAAGGGAAACCGCUUCUUCCUUUCCGGGGCCACCAUGCUGGUGUGCUGGUUGUGUAUUAUGGUCGGAGUGUCCAUCUAUACUCAUCAUUAUGCCGGUGGUUAUGGGACCAGCUACUCCAAAAGUCACCAUGGCUACUCUUUCAUCCUGACCUGGAUCUGCUUCUGCUUUAGCUUCAUCAUUGGCGUGCUCUAUCUAGUCCUGAGAAAGAAAUAAGGCCAAAGGAGUUCAUGGGGAUCCUGGGGCAGGGGGUGGGGAGAAGGAAGCCGUUGAAUCUGGGAGGGAAGUGGAAGAUACCACGCAGGAAAACCCAAGGGGGGGUGGGGAGGGGAAGGAGGGUGGGAGAGGCUGGAAAUCCAAACCAUUCCUGGGAAGGUUCUCUACCAUGGAGCUCCUGCCCUAGGGAGGGAGUAGUUGGCUACUCUCUGCUACUCUCUCAGCUGGAGAGCCUCUCUCCAGCCACCAGACUUGGCCUCCAGCUGUUCUUAGUUACACACACUGCCUGGGGACCCACCAGCUGCCGCACCACUGGCUCCACUCCUGAGGCUGAACUCUGGGUCUCGCAUUGCGGUCCUCAGACAUAUUGCAUCAAGUUAAAAUAGCGGUACAAGUUCCAGCAAGCACAGAUCUUGUUUUUGUGUUGAUUGUGCUAAGCCUGGAAGCCAUCCCGCCUUUCUGACCCAAAGCAGAACAUCACAUUCCAGUCUGAAGGGCCUGUAGGAGGGGGCUUUGGCCUGUGAGCCAUUAGCCCUCUUUAGAACAGAUAUUUAACUCUGUGGAACUCAGUGGUAUUUGUGAUGAAAUGGGAGAAAGACAUAGAGUCCUAAGGCCAAGUUGGUGGGUGAGUUAAACCAAGAAGGAGGACUUUUCCCAGGGGAAGGCCUGGGGGCUGGUCAGAACCCAGACUGGACCUCACACAGUUGUCCCUCACAGAGAACUCCUGUUGUGGACUUUGUUAGGCCUCUUGCUUAAAGCCAAAGCAGCUCUUUUGGCAUUUCUGUAGCCACUCAUGACCAGUUCUGUGGUGAAAGCACCACACAAAUGAUGAGACCAAGGGGCAGUCUCAUGACAGUGCUACAGUAGGGUUGUUUUUAGGAUCCCCUGUUCAUGCAAUCAGUGUUUCUUUUAAGCACAUACUGGGAGAGAGAUGGACAUGGCUUCUUAUAACAUGAUUUAUU